AUGGCAGAAGCUGAAAUUGAUCACAAUUUCUGCAGCAGUACCAUAUUGAAAUGGAAGGGCUUAUGGUCUGAAAACAACUGCUUGACGGGUGAAAAUGGCAAAAUCCUGGCCGCAUUUCCCAUCUCAAGAUGUGUUAUCCUCGAAGCAGGCAGUGGUCAGAUCAAACAAAUGGGAGCUGAAGCUGCGGCGAAUCAAAGCUCAGGCAGUUCAUCCCACAAUGGUUUGAACAAUGCAGUAGGUGUACCAGCUCACCCAAAUAGCAGAAGGCUAAUGGCGAAAAUGUAUAGACUUAAUCAGAUAUUGGAUUAUCUUGAUUUGGAAAAUCAUAUCUACUCAGAAGCAUUCUGGAAAGCAGGCCUGGUACCAAACCAACCCAAAUUUUGUAUUUUGCUUGGGAAAAAGUUUCCUGAACGCCACAGCAAGUUGCAGCUUGAACGGGUGGAUAAGUUUGCAUUGGACAUUAUGAACGAUAGUGCUAAGGUAUAUUUGCAGAGCUUGGAGCCAUGGAUUCAGCCUGGGUGUGUCGGGAGAGGGUUUGUGGGCUACCUCGGGAAUAAGGUUAGUCGGAUCCAUUUCGAUAAGCAUGCUAAUACAUUAGACGAGUCUUUGCUUUGUGUGCCGUCACUUAACAUCUGUCGAAUUCUUUGGCUUGGAGAUUUGAAUUACCAAAUAGUGUUGCACUACCGCUUGGCCAAAGCACUCAUUGGAAUGCAAAACUGGAGACAAUUACUCAAAAAAGAUGAACUGCAGAUCAAGCAGAGGCAUGGUCGAGUUUUUGAUGGAUGGAAAGAAAGGAAGAUCUCUUUGCCCAUUCACCGAGAAGGCUUCGUGCUCCUCUACCAGACUUCGAUAACAAGAACUCCAAAAAACAUCAAGACAGGAAAAUCCAAUUCCAGCCAUCUCUUCCCCACGAAUCACGCUGUUUCUGCCAAAGGCAUCCAGACCACUUGUCAGAUGUACCCAGUCAGUACUUCGCACUCUAAACCUGGCGGUAGCUAUUUCCACAUGUUAGGCCAUCCUCUGUGCACUUCUAAUAAGCAGGAAAGAGAACAGCUAAGUCAUAUCAUUCCAUGUUCGACGUUUUCGAAGAAAAAGUUACGACGUCUGAGUGUUUUAGAGUCACUGAGGCAUGUGCAUUCCAUAUUCAGAUGA